GUAAUUUACUGUUUUUAUUCCAAAUAAUACUGGGAUAAAACUUUUCCUGCCAUUGCUUAAACAAAUUGUGCAACACUUUAAGCUGUCAAAUUAAUUUAUUUAUUGCUUACUUUGAGAACAUAUCGUAUUGGAUAUGGCAAAAUCGAUAUUUUCUUACUUUCGCCGACAAUUGGAUGAUAUUUUGUUUUCGAUUGUGGGGUACAUCAUGCGGAGGUUCCUGAGGUCCGCUAUGAUUGUCUUCAGUUGGUUUGUUGUGCCCUAUAGCCGAUUUACCAAUAUGAAAACUGCCCGCCAGAAGCUGCCUCCCAUCAAGAGUCAUCUGCUUGAAAUACCUGCUGUGGAUUUGGCCAAACUUAUUCGCACCAGAAAGAUAAAAAGCGAAGAAGUGGUGCAGGCCUAUAUUGAACGAUGCCAGCAAGUCAAUCCGCUUAUUAAUGCCAUUGUUCAAGAUCGUUUUGAUGAAGCCCUCGAUGAGGCACGUGAAGUCGAUCGAGUCAUUAAUAUGGGUAUUAACACAGUUGACUCUAUGGAAGAACUCACACCACUGCUGGGAGUACCUGUGACCGUCAAGGAAAGUAUAGCCGUCAAAGGUCUCACCAAUCAAGCUGGUCGAGUAUUUAAGACCCCACAGAUUGCCAAAUCAGAUGCUCCGGUUGUGGAGCAGAUCAAGAAAUUUGGUGGAAUAAUCAUGUUGGUGAGCAACACCCCUGAACUUUGUCUGCUAUGGGAAACAUACAACAAUGUGACUGGCCAGACAAAAAACCCCUACGAUUUGAAGCGAACACCGGGAGGAUCGUCGGGAGGCGAAGCAGCGCUGUUAGCCAGUGGUGCAUCUCUACUGGGUCUCACCUCAGACAUUGGUGGGUCUUCACGUCUGCCAGCAAUGUUUAGUGGAAUAUGGGGUCACAAACCGACUCCGUAUGCGGUCUCAUUCAAAGGUCACCAUCCCACAAGUGACUUUCCCAAAUGGGGAGACUUCUUUACAAUUGCUCCAAUGACACGUUACGCCAAAGAUCUUCCACUUCUCCUCAAGUGCAUGGCCGAUCCAACUGGUCCCAAGUUGACGUUAGACAAAGAAGUAAAUGUCAGUGGCAUUCGCUUUUUCUUCAUGGACAACGAUGGUCCAUCUGGAAUGAUGCGUCCGCUUAGCAAGGACCUGCAUGCAGCAAUCAACAGAGUUGCUGGAGACUUCAACGCAAAACGAGUUAACAUUCGCAAAAUGAAGUGGUCCUUGGAUAUAUCCCUCUCAGCUAUGCUGACUAUGAAAAACAUCGAGACAAUCUAUCACAAAACCGAAGAGGGCGAACGGCCGAAGACAGUUUGCACUGAAACUGUCAAAUAUUUCUUCGGUUGUUCGGACAGUAUUUUGCCUUCUGUCAUUUUCGGCCACUUACAGAAUUUCAUGAAAAUCAUACCCAAUUCCAGACACAAGCAUCUGGCAACCAUUAUCGAAGCUCUUAAGACUGAAUUCAAAGAACUCUUGGGAACCGACGGUGUGUUCCUCUACCCCACGUUCCCCAAUACUGCACAUCAGCAUUAUCAAAUUUAUCACAAACUAUUGGAGCCCAUGUACAUGGCGAUUUUCAAUACUCUCGGUCUGCCUGUGACCAAUUGCAUGAUCGGCUUGGAUCGUCGAAACCUGCCGAUGGGCAUACAAGUGGUAGCCAAUCCCGGUCAAGAUCAUCUUUGUCUUGCAGUGGCUAGGGAAAUGGAACGACGAUACGGUGGAUGGGUGCGACCGCCAACAGAAGAAUCCUCGAAUAAAUUAGCGUAAUCAUUACAUUAUUGGAUUGUAAACAUCACAUAUGAGGUUAUUUUUUUUGUUUUUGUAAAUAAAUCUGAAUGCAACUUAAUAGGUUAAAGUUCAAAGUAAAUUCACAUUAGGCUAUGUAUCUAUAUGUAUUAAAAUUUUACAAACAAAAUUAUUUACAUUAUGUAUUAUUGAACAUUUAUUUUUAUUUGUUAACAUUUUUGUUUUGUUUUUAAUUUUAAGGUUUUAAUUUUUUAAUUUUGGGGUAUUAAGCCAUUUUGUUAUUAUACAUACAUUGCAUUAUACAUUUCAUUAUCUAUUUUUUCUUAAUUGAAUACGAACAUAAUUUUAUCAUCAACAACAAAAUAAAUUUAAUAAAAACGAAAAAUUAUACUAAAAAUA